CUCACCGAGAGCUCAAGCUGAUCCCGACCAGAGUUGUUCCACAACAUCAACAAUGUAACACGUUAACAUGCUAAGUUCAAUUAUUAUCAUUCGAACUUCUUCUUCUUAUUUAAUUGGCAAAAAACUCACACACUCAUUUAACCCCACAGAACACUAACCCUUAUCAUUUUUUAGAUGGUAGAAGAUGUAACACUAAACUACAAAACUUUUGUUAGUAUCAUUCUACCUUUUAAGAAAAUAAGAUUUCAAUUUAAGAAUUCUCAUGCAAUGAAGACAUUAAUUAUUAUUAGUGUUUUAACGACUUGUGAUGAGCCCAGUAGAGUAUCAAAUAUUUGGCAUCUCUGGAAGGCUCUCGAAACUUUGGAUUUGUCUACUUCGAAAAAAAAAAAAACCUUUGGAUUAUUCUCUGUAAUACUUGUUUAAAAAACAGCAUGCUCAUGUAGGAUCUUACGUCACUCCCUUAAUCAAUCAACCAUGGAGUUGUGGAGGCCCUUUGUUAAAUUGCAUAUAAACCAGAAAGUCUCUUGAUCCACAAUCAACCCAUUUGCAAUGGCUUCACAAACCCACCAGCUACACUUUGUUUUGAUACCCUUAAUGUGCCAAGGCCACCUUCUCCCCAUGGUAGACAUGGCCAAGUUAUUAGCACAACGAGGCAUGAUUGUCACUAUUGUCACCACACCCCUCAAUGUUAUCCAAUUCAGUGCAACCACUGAUCGCGCAAUUGAAUCCGGACUCCCCAUCCGGGUUGUCCAACUCCGGUUUCCAUCCGUGGAGGCCGGCUUGCCGGAGGGAUGUGAAAGCAUGGACACUCUCCCCUCUGUAAAAUUGUUUUGGAAUUUCUUCGUCGCGCUUGACAUGUUGCAGUCACCCCUAGAACAAGUGGUCGAAGAGAUGCAGCCCAGUCCAAGUUGCAUAAUAGCCGAUAAGCAUUUUGCUUGGGUGGCCGAUACAGCUAAAAAGUUUGAGAUACCAAGGAUUAUUUUUGAUGCCAUGAGUUGCUUCACUCUCUUGUGUACACACAAUUUACACAUUUCCAAGGCUCAUGAGGGUGUCCCUGGGUCACAUGAUCGAUUUGUUGUGCCUGGCUUGCCCGAUCAUAUCGAGUUCACUAGAGCGCAGCUGCCCGGAGAAUUCAAUCCAGGCUCAUUUAAUAUAAAGGUUUUUCGCGAACGAAUAAGAGAAGCUGAAAUGGAAGCACAUGGAGUGGUGGUUAAUAGUUUUGAGGAGUUGGAAGCAAAAUAUGUUAGCGAAUAUCGAAAGGUGAAUAAGAUAUGGUGUAUUGGGCCGUUGUCAUUGUGCAACAAAGAGGACUUGGAUGAGGCAUGGAGAGGAAACAAGGCCUCAAUCGAUGAGAACCAGUGCCUGAAGUGGCUUGAUGCAUCGAAGCCAGGCUCUGUAGUCUAUGCUUGUCUCGGAAGGCUAACUAAUGUUGCAGCUCCACAACUAGUAGAGCUCGGUUUAGCCUUGGAAGCAUCCAACUGUCCCUUUAUUUGGGUAAUAAAAGGAGGAGAUAAAGCGAAGGAGAUAGAGAAGUGGAUUGAAGAAGAAGGGUUCGAGGAGAGAACAAAAGAGAGAGGCCUUUUGAUACGAGGUUGGGCUCCGGAAGAACUGAUCUUGUCACACCCUGCGAUUGGGACGUUCUUGACACACUGUGCUUGGAUUUCAACACUGGAAGGAGUAUGCGCCGGCGUGCCAAUGAUAACAUGGCCCUUAUUUGGCGUGCAGUUCUUGAAUGAGAAGUUGGUUGUAGAGGUAUUGGAGAUUGGUGUGAGUGUUGGGGCUGGGGUGGUUGUGCACUUGGGUGAAGAAGACAAGUUUGGGGUGUUGGUGAAGAGGGAGGAAAUUAGGAAGGCUGUGGUGAGAGUGAUGGGUGGAAAAGAAGGAGAAGAGAGGAGGAGAAGAGCAACAGAGUUUGGGGAGAUGGCAAACAGGGCAAUAGAAGAAGGGGGAUCAUCUCACCUCAACAUCACACUGCUGAUCCAAGACAUAAUGCAAAAAGCAAAAGAUUGACAAUCAUUUCAGAA